CUCGCCGACAACUUCACGUCAACUGGUCGCUCCGCUUUAGUUUUAGCCGUCAAAACUUAAGGAGAGAGUCCACUACAGCGACAUGGCAGACGCCGAUUCUCCCCCAACACCUCGGAAGGAUGAUGCCAACUAUAACUUACAUUUCAGAAUUAUAAACGAGCAACAAGUGGACGACAUCUGCCUUGAUAUCUUCUAUAAGCCACACACCAUCACACUCCUGACAACUACUGUGCUGAGCCUCAUGUACUUUGCGUUUACAAGAGAUGAUGGCAACUCCGAGAACAACCUCCGAGUUGGUAUUUUGGUGGUUGUCUCCUUCUUCUGUGUCAUCAGUGUCCUGGCCUUCCCUAAUGGACCUUUUACUAGGCCACACCCUGCAAUAUGGAGAAUGGUGUUUGGCAUCAGUGUUCUGUACUUCCUGUUUCUUGUCCUCCUCAUCUUCCUCAACUGGGACCAAGUAAAGACACUGUUGUACUGGAUUGACCCAAAUCUGCGCUAUGCACAGCGGGAAGCUGAUGUCAUGGAAUAUGCUGUGAACUGUACAGUGAUAACAUGGGAGCGGGUCCUGACCCACUUCGACAUCUUCGCAUUUGGCCACUUUGCUGGCUGGGCAGUGAAGGCUCUGCUCAUCCGCAGUUACGGCCUCUGUUGGACCAUCAGCAUCACCUGGGAGCUCACUGAGCUGUUCUUCAUGCACCUGCUGCCAAACUUUGCAGAGUGCUGGUGGGACCAGGUGAUACUGGACAUACUGUUGUGUAAUGGAGGAGGCAUCUGGCUGGGUAUGACUGCCUGCCGGUUUUUGGAGAUGAGGACCUACCGCUGGGCCAGCAUUAAGGAAAUCCACACCACCACAGGGAAGAUAAAGCGAGCCGUGCUCCAGUUCACCCCGGCCAGUUGGACUUAUGUACGCUGGUUUGACCCAAAGUCCUCCUUCCAGAGGCUAGCAGGCAUCUAUCUCUUUAUGAUCUUAUGGCAGCUGACAGAGUUGAACGCAUUCUUCCUCAAGCACAUCUUCGUCUUCCAGGCGUCUCACGCUCUCAGCUGGUGUCGUCUCUUCAUGCUUGGAGUCAUCACUGCACCCACUGUACGACAAUAUUACGCAUACCUUACAGACACUCAGUGUAAACGAGUUGGCACACAAUGCUGGGUGUUUGGGGCCAUCUCUUUCCUUGAGGCUCUUGCUUGUGUGAAAUUCAGUCAAGACUUGUUUUCCAAGACGCAAAUUCUUUAUGUACUCCUGUGGCUGCUUUGUCUGGCACUCCUCACACUUCUAUCUUUAUAUGGGAUGAUGUGGUAUGAGCAGAAAAAACUGAAGAGCAGUUCUGUACAAAGUGAGGACUGCGAUGACGGCAGUUUUGGCGACUCAUGUGAUUUUGCUCCAGAUGGCCUUGCAGCUCAGAGGGAUACAUUAAGAAGUUUACUACCGACAAAACGGAGGAGAGCUCAUGGGAAGAACAGAUUUGGGAAUGAACAUAGAGGAAAGAAAUAAUGAAACAAGAGCGACACUGAAUCACAUCGUGAAGGAUACAGCCAACAAGAGAAAUACAGUAUGCAUCGAUCUACUGAAUGUUGUGAAAUUUGCAUCAAGGGUUUGAUAAAUUCUAGAGGGCAGACUCCAAAACAAAGUCACGUCAACAAGCCUUGAUAUAUUAUUUCAACUCGUCAAGUUCUAAUAUUCUGUGGGAGUCGGAGGCGAAGUACACUAAUGAGCUGAACGCUUCAUAGACCUGCAGACUGGUGUGUUGAUUCUCUAGUACUCUGGCAGAUCUUUAAUAAUGUAUCACAAGGACAACAUUUGUCUUGUAUUUAAUGUCAGACAUUUUUAAACAGACCUAACCUAGAAUUCAUUUAUAUAUACACUGGAAUGCUAGCCAUGCAUCAUUCGACAACAUUUUAUACUCUUCUACCUUAAAUUGCAUUAAUAUUUAACUUUGAACUGUGGGACACGUAUGUCCAGUCAGGGAGUUGACCCUGAGUUGUGCUACACUUUGAAUUUUGUUUGCUCUAAAUCUUUUUGACUGUUUACAGUUUACUAAAGGUAAUACUUUUAUGAGAAAACUAAAGAUCAUUGUUGUGUAUGAUUUGUCGUUUGAAUUGGUGAUGAUUAUUUGUUAAUAUGUUUGUGUUUUUAUGAGUGAAUCUAGAAUACAGUAAAGCACUGGUAAAUGCAGAACUGUAUGUUUUUCUUCCAUCGAAAUUGCAUUAUCACUUUAAGUAAGAGGAGCAGCGAAGUGUAACUGAACCACCAGUAGCCUUUACGUGUUACCCUUUUUAACCUAAGUCAAUGUGAUGUUGUUUUUUGUCUUGGUGUGAUUUUGUGUGUUUGUUUUUAAAGAGAGAAGUAAGCAGUGUAUGAUGGGUGUACUGAUCAAGAAUACUGUGACAUUCAAUGCAAAAGCACUGUGGUGACAUUCAACAGCAGGGGAUAAUCAUUUGUGUGAAAUUAUCCUUUUUAAGUGAUCCAAAUGAAUGAACUGUGACAUCGCUAUAACACAAUAACUGACUGCUACAUGUAAGUUGUUCUUAAUAUUGUUGAAUGAUGCCUUAUUUUUCAUCUUUAGUGUAGGAAUGUGUUUUACAACUUCCCUGAAAGUUUUUGACUAGCCUUCCUCAGUUGUUCUGGUCCUUUGACACGUACAAAGCUUUAUGUGUCAGACUACACUGUAUUUUAUAUGAAAUGUUACUACCUGCUUUUACCCCGAAGAAGGUGUCUGACCGAAGGUUUGCUUACUAAAAAGAUUUUGCACAGAUUUGAGUGUUGGGAUGCUUCUUUUUUUUUUU